GUUGAACAUCCUACUGGGCGGCAUGACUCCGCUCUACUUCCACGUCGUCAACGUGUUUCUGCACUGCGCCGUCACCUGCCUGCUCAUGCACACCUGUGAGCGCUGCACCUUUGAGGACUCGCGUCUCGCCUUCGUCACGGCGCUCUUCUUCGCUGUGCACCCCGUCCACACCGAGGCUGUGUCUGGGAUCGUGGGCAGAGCUGACGUCUUGGCCUGUCUGCUUUUCUUGCUGACGUUUCUCUCCUACAUCAGGAGCGUGGGGGUGUGCGUCUCCGAGGACUCCUUCCCCUCCACUGUCUCUCCGCGUUGUCUCCUCGUCAGUCUGUUGCUCGGUACCUGCGCCAUGCUGGUGAAGGAGACGGGCAUCACCGUGUUCGGCGUGUGUGUGCUGUACGACGCCCUGGUGCUGUGCCGCAGGCCGCUCAUCCAUCACCUGUCCGGCUCCAGACUCAGGGACCUCCUCCACAUCUGCAGCCCCUUCAUCAAACGAGCCGGCCUCAUCUCCGCCUAUGUGGUGCUCAUCAUGUCAGUCCGGUUGUGGCUGAUGGGAGGAUCCAUGCCUCUCUUCUCUGAACAGGACAACCCUGCCUCCUUCUCACCUCACCUGCUCACAAGGAUCCUGACCUACUCCUACCUGCUCUCCUUUAACGCCUGGCUGCUGCUGGCCCCCGUCGUGCUGUGUUACGACUGGCAGGUGGGGAGCAUCCCCCUGGUGGAGUCGCCGGGCGAUGUGCGUAACGUGGCGACGGUGCUGCUGGCCGUGGUGAUGCUCGCUCUCUGCCUUCACUGCGUCCUCUCUCUGCAGAAACAGGAGAGCAGGCAGGUGCUGGUCGGGUUGCUGUUCCUCAUGUUUCCCUUCAUUCCUGCCAGCAACCUUUUCUUCAGGGUGGGUUUCGUCGUGGCCGAGAGGGUCCUCUACAUGCCCAGUAUGGGCUACUGUAUCCUGGUGGCUCACGGUCUGGGCCGGCUGUGCUCGGUGGUCGGUCGUUGGGGCACGACGGUCCUCAGCGUCUCCACACUGCUUCUGCUCGUCCUCUUCUCCUGGAAGACCGUCCAGCAGAACCACGUCUGGCUCUCCAGGGAGGCCCUGUUUCGCUCUGGUAUCCAGACUCUGCCUCACAAUGCCAAAGUCCACUACAACUAUGCCAACUUCCUGAAGGACAGCGGGCGUCACCAGGAGGCCAUCCACCACUACACCACGGCCCUCAGGUUGUACCCCCGUCAUGCCAGCGCCAUGAACAAUCUCGGCACUCUGACUCGCAGCCCCGAGGAGGCGGAGAGUUACUACAGGAAAGCUCUGGACACCAACCCUCAGCAUAACCGAGCGCUGUUUAACCUGGGAAACCUCCUCAAGUCUCAGGGGAAGGAGAAAGAGGCUGAGACUCUGCUGAGGGACUCGAUACGCUUCGGUCCUCAUUUUGCGGAUGCUUACUCCAGCCUGGCAUCUCUUUACGCUGAGCAGAAACGUUUCGCUGAAGCCAACGAGGUGUAUCUAAAGGGUAUCGAGAACUGUCCCGACAGCUCCGACCUGCACAACAACUACGGCGUGUUUCUGGUGGAUACGGGAGACGGCGAGCUAGCAGCCGCUCACUACCAGCAUGCCGUGAGACUCAAACCUGCACACUACGUUGCCAUGGUGAACCUGGGCCGCCUGCUCAGAUCGUCCAAUGAGAACAAAGAAGCUGAGUCUUGGUACAAAAGGGCGCUGCAGGUGACGAGGAAAGUUGACAUCCUGACUCCGCUCGGAGCUCUGUACUACAACACGGGCCGCUACGAGGAGGCCCUGCAGGUGUACAGAGAGGCCGCCACCCUGCAGCCCAACAGUGCCGACAUCUGGCUUGCUCUGGCUCAGGUUUUAGCCAUGGCGGGUCGUACCAAAGAGGCAGAGAAGAUGACGCAGGACAUCAUAUCGAGAGAAGGCAGCUGUAUCGAAUGUUACCGCCUCCUGUCUGCGAUCUACAGCAAGAGAGGCAACUACACAGAGGCUCUGGACGCUCUGGACCGGGCCCUGCAGCAGAAUCCCAGUGAUCUGACAGUGAAAGCCGAGCUUUAUUUCUCCAAAGGAAACCAGCUGAGAGAGAUGAACCAGCUGGACCGAGCCUUCGAGAGCUACAAGCUGGCUGUGGAGCUCAAACCCGACCAAUCCCAGGCCUGGAUGAACAUGGGAGGGAUUCAGCACAUUAAGGGAGACUACGCAGCAGCCAGGAUGUACUACCAGCGCGCCCUUCUUCUGAGCCCUGGGUCCAAACUCCUGAAGGAAAAUCUGGCCAAGCUAGACCGGCUGGAGAGGAAACUGACAGUGGGGGCGUAGACGACCACCACUAUCCACCAGGCGAUGCACCCUCCUGGGCAAGAAAUCAUGGGAGCAGGGCACCUCCCGACCCGGCCCCUCUGGAGACUAAAGACCAGCCACCAGGCUGCUGGAUGACACGUACCUGGUUACUAUGAAGACCUGCCUGUUAGAGCAGUGGGGAUUGUAAAGAGGUGGGGCCAAAGAGACUGGUCCGGCCACAGAAGCCUUUCCGGAUCGAGCAGAAGGAAGCGGCUGGUCGAGGACCACCGGGACGCCCGUCUGCAUCAGCUUUACUUCAAAAUGCACAUCUGCGUCAGACAGCUGUGACCUGAUGACUUAUUAUUUACUGUUCCUGUGAAGUUAUUUACUUUAAAGCACUUAUUAUUCUGUCCUCUGCUCUGCCUAACAGAAUUAUUCAUGUAUUUAUAUUAGUGCAGUGAGAGUUUGUGGAAAAUGUUGUUAAUAUGAAGGGAAGGUGCUUCGAGGUUCAUUCAGGAACUAUGACAUUUAAAUUAACACGCCAUCCCACGCCACACAACCAAUCCAUUAAAGGAGAUCUAUUAUCCUCACUUCCUCCCUUAAUGAUGUCAGUCUGGGACACCUGUUGCGAGAUGUGUAGCUCAAAAACCUCCUCAUUUAUCUGAUACUGGCGUCAGUAAAACCCCCUCAUUUUAGCCUCUGCCUGAAACGCUUUAUUUUAGCUACUGUCUCUUUAAGACCCGCCUCCCCACAUGCCUACUCUCCUCUGAUUGGCCAGCUCUAUUUGCAGUCACAGGGACACUUGAGUGAGCUUUCUGUGUGGGCGUGUCCUACAGCUUUGCUCUGAAACGUCGGCAGAACCUGACGUCAGGUUCUUGCCAAGUCUCACCAAGUUCUCGUAACGUCUCGUUCAGAGCAGCAGGAAACCACGUCCGGGGUUUACGCCAACAUCGUAACAUGAUAUGUAUGAAUUUAAAUAUGGAUCAGCUGAAUAGAUCUCCUUUAAUGUUUUAUCUCAAAGGAGCGUUUUCAAACAAACUGAUAUCAAACUUUCUCUUGAUGUAAUUGUUUUUACCUUUAACCGACCACAGCAACGAGACAAAGGAACGCUAGGCUACGUAGCUAGUUCCAACAUCCAAAUCCUGAUAUUCUUGCAACGUCACGAUACACACACAAUGAGCUUGAGUUCGUUUGUCCUACGAUGUGGCAAUGGACGUAGUUGAACAAUAUAUUGUGCAGCCCUAGCACUUUUAAGCAAUAUGCCUCAAACCUGCCCCAUAUUAGACUGAAACACUUGGAAUUGAUCCUUGGAGUUUAAACUAUUCUGUUGCACAUGAAGGGAAUAUCCCGACAUUUUAAUUCCACUCAGUAUAUCAGAGAGAAAAACAAAAAGCAAACACCGGGACAGUUACCACAUUAGAAGUAGAAUAUGCUUCACAAAGAGGUUCUUUCUCCUUGGAGAUAAACUGUUCAUCUGACCUCCAUUUUCAACCACAGAAGAAGAGGCGAGCCGUGUGCAGGUUUAUUAAGCUCCGUGUGAGGACCUGAAGCUUCUGUCGUCCUUUAACCCUCUGAAGAUUGCUGUUCGGUUGCUCGUUGUGAUUUUGUUGACGGUCGUUUUGAUUGUGAUCGAGUUUUGUUGUGGAAUGACUCUGGGAUGAAAAUGAAGUGACCCGUGUGAUGACUGCAUCGCACCAAGAAAAUAAAGUAUAUGUUUUAUUAAA